UUCACACUUAGUAUGGGAAAUUAAAUUAUGAGAAUUCUAAGUACUUUUUGUGCCAAGUAUUAUAAUUUCCACAAACCUAUGUCAAGAUCUUCGCAUUUAUAUAAUAAUUAUAGUUCAACUAAAUUACAGAUUCGUGAAACAAGGAGAAAUCAACAAAUCUCCUGCAAUAUGAGUGGAGUCCACAUGUUCUUAUCAUCGACAUCACAAAGUUCAAAUCAAAAGAUAUAAAAGAAUAUCGACAGUAAAAUAAAGAUAUGACAUUCAACAUUAUUCUCGUAGUUUUCAAUUAUUUCAAUCUUUUAGCUGACUCAAGUAUUGAAAAAGUGACUUUACCUUAAUCAAGCAUAACUUACUCAUUCAUACUUUAUAUUUAUACAGGCACUUACAGUUUGGAUCUACCCAACACGUAAUCAAGAUUUUAGUUAAACCCUAUAAAUUCAAUUUAUAACUAAUCUUUAUAUCAUUAAUCUGUUUACAUUAUUUUUUAACUAUAGGAUCCUUAUAAGAUUUCCAAAAUUACAUUUGACCUAAGAGCCUCCACCCAAUUUAACUUUCAAAAAUCUCUAAACCAUCCCAAUUGCUUAGAGGGGGUUGUUCUGUAAAACUCAAUAAAGUAAGUGGCUGGUCCAAAAGACAAGAAGUGACAAAAGCGAUGACAUUAAGCCAAGUGGACUUCUUGCUUCUCACGUUGGUCUCCGCCCUAUAUUCUCAAUUCCCCCAAUUUCACUAUUGUUUCAAAAUCCCGAAGCCAUUGCAUUUCAAAGCGCCCCACAUUCAUUGCCUUUUCUCGAUUUCAUUUCUCUCCAUUUCUCAAUCUCUCCCUUUCCUUUCUCAUUGAACUCAGACCUGUAAGUUUUCUUUUCAUUUCUUCAUGGUGUUGCAGAUGCAUAGAUUUGUUUUCUAUUUUGCCGGUAUUGAAUCGUAGAAACCUUUAUUGAAUUUGUUCAUUUUGUGUCAGAUGCUUUUAAUUCAAGCUUGUAAGCUUCAACGAGAUUGAAUUGCUUUUACUUUUCAUAUUAUUUUUAGAUCUUUACAUUGUUGUGGCAAUAUCGUGUUGUUUACGGGGUGCCCUUUUCUUUGAUUUCACUUUCUAGGGUUUUUGUUUAUGCGUUCGGUUAGGGUUUAGGCUUCUUUCUGUUUCCCUUGUCACCAUCUUUAUUAACUAAUUUUUGCCUAACUACGAUUUUUUCUAUGCGUAUAUAUACAUUUUCUUGCAUGAGUUUUUGGUGCAGUGUUUGUUACGUAUACUAAGUUUUCUGUUUAAUUUGAACGAGAUGUGCGUAUACUACUGUGAAGUGUUCAACUAAUCAUUUAACUGAAUUAGAUGAGGUCUUUUGCAAGCGAAUCCCCCCUCCCUGCUUUAAAUGAAAUUUAUACUUGUCUUAUUGGGCGCUUUCUUUAGUGGAAUCAGUUUUUUUAGAAGAUAUCCCGUUUUCUAUAAUUGAUUUUUCUUGUCUUAGUUGGGGUAAUUGAUUUUAUGUGUAUCCACUCAAUAUUGGACUUAAGGCUUUAAAUUAUUGCUGCUCGUGGAAGUUACUCAGAAUGGUAUCACUUAUAUGUCUGGUGCUGCCUUCGGAAUGACUGUCUACAAAUGAUACCCUUGUUUCAAUUUAAAGCACUGCUCUGAAGUUUGGGAAUAUUCAACCAGAAAGCAACAAUUCAUUUUCCAGGUCAAGAACUUGAUAUAUUGCUGGGAAUAUGGAAAAGGAAGACUCUUCAGAGACAAAUUCUCCAGUUGCUGAAGAUAAAGGAAGUAUGCUUGAUGUUGAAAAGGAUGGCCAGGAACGGGACGAUCCUAGUGAGAAAAACCCACCAAUUCUUUCAUCUGAUGAAGUGAAGGAAGUAGAUGUACCUCAUGUUCAGAAAGAAGAUGAGGAAAAAGAAAAAGCUAAUGCUUUAGCUGCUGAAAAAGAUGGGAAGCAUUCACCUGUUCAGAAGGAUGUCCAGGAAAAGGAAGACUCUAUACAGGAAACUUCGUUGAAUUUUUCAGCUGCUGAAAUUCCAGAGGGAGAUAAAGUUGAUGUCGAGAAAGAAGACUCAGUGGAUCCUGUCAAUAACUUGAAAGCAUCUGAUAUUGGUGAAGAUUCCAAGAUAGAUGGUGAACAGGUAAUGGAUGGAUUGAGUAGCAAGAUGGAAGAAAGCAAGGAAAUGGGUUGUGGAAAUGAAGAAGUAACAAAUGAAAAUCUGGAGGAAGUUCAUGGAGAGGGUGAGCCGGUUUUUGAUGGCACGGAGGUCCCUGGAAUGGAAGCUAACAGGAGUACAUCCACUCAUUCUUUGGAAGUUGAUCCAGUGAUUCAUGGAUCUUGGCCUGAGAAAGCAGUGUCUCUUAAAAAUUUUGUACGGGUAAAAAGUGUAGUUGUUGUCUCCAAUGUUAUCCGCCGCCUUUCAGGGAAAAGUGAUGAUGCUGGACAGGGCAUUCCUGGUGACCAAGGUAAGGAUGAAAACAGCAAUACAACAACAACAACUAAGGAGUUUGCAGAUCUUGAUGAAAACAUUAAUAUAACAACUACUGAGGUUGCAGAUCAUAUAGAAGAAAAUGAAGCCCAGGAACCAUCUACAAAGCCAGGAGAGAGAUCUGGAUGGAAUCCUCUCAGCCUUAUCGGAAUAUCACGUGAUGUUGAUGAACAGAGGGAUCAAAGUAUUGAAGAAUCAUUGCAACCUAUAAUUAUGAAGGGAAGAGUUAUCUUGUAUACAAGGCUAGGAUGUCAGGAGUGCAGAGAGGCUAGGCUGUUUCUUCAUCAGAAAAAGCUUAGAUAUGUUGAGAUUAACAUUGAUGUGUACCCGAGCAGAAAACUGGAGCUCGAGAAGAUUGCUGGCUCUUCUGCUGUUCCUAGAGUGUUUUUUAAUGAAAUCCUUCUUGGAGGAUUGAGUGAGCUAAAGGGUUUGGAUGAGUCUGGUAAGCUUGACCAGAAGAUUGAGUAUGUGAUUGCGGAAGUUCCGCCAUUUGAAGCACCUCUACCACCACUUUCUGGUGAAGAUGAUAUGUCCACUUUUGCGGAAAUCGAUGAGCAAGCAGUCAUUGUCCGAAGAAUGAAAGAAUCUAUUACUGUUAGAGACCGGUUUUACAAAAUGCGCAGGUUCACCAACUGUUUUCUAGGUUCAGAAGCUGUGGAUUUCAUAUCAGAGGAUCAGUAUUUGGAAAGAGAAGAGGCCAUUGAAUUUGGUCGAAAGCUUGCAAGCAAACUCUUCUUUCAACAUGUUCUUGAGGAGAAUAUAUUUGAAGAUGGCAACCACUUGUAUCGGUUCUUGGAUCACGAUCCAAUCAUAAUGUCUCAAUGUUACAACAUCCCAAGGGGUAUCAUUGAAGUAAAGCCAAAGCCCAUAGGGGAAAUUUCUUCAAGGCUUAGAUUUUUGUCUUAUGCCAUCUUUGAAGCAUACACAUCAGAAGAUGGAAAACAUGUUGACUACAGAAGUAUCCAUGGAAGUGAGGAAUUUGCUAGGUAUCUGAGAAUAGUUGAGGAGCUCCAAAGAGUAGAUUUGCAGGAUAUAUCUAGGGAAGAGAAGCUGGCCCUUUUUAUUAAUCUCUUCAACAUGAUGGCCAUACAUGCAAUAUUAGUUUGGGGUCAUCCUGCUGGGGCGAUGGAGAGGAGGAAAUUGCUGGGGGAUUUCAAGUAUGUAAUUGGUGGGUGCACUUACACGCUGUCAGCAAUUCAAAAUGGCAUAUUACGGAGCAACCAGAGACCGCCAUACAAUCUGAUUAAGCCAUUUGGCGUGAAAGAUAGACGUCUUAAGGUUGCUCUUCCUUACCCAGAGCCUCUUAUUCACUUUGCACUAGUUUGUGGAAAUAGAUCAGGGCCUUCUCUUCGUUGCUAUUCACCCGGAAACAUUGAUAAAGAAUUAAUGGAGGCAGCUCGUAAUUUCUUAAGAAAUGGAGGACUUAUUGUUGAUCUGAAUGCAAAGACUGCUUCAGCUAGUAAGAUACUAAAAUGGUACAGUACAGAUUUCGGGAAGAACGAGGUAGAGGUAAUAAAGCAUGCAGCAAACUACUUGGAACCAGCAGAAUCUGAAGCGCUGCUAGAGUUGCUUGACACCACCCAGUUGAAAGUUGUAUAUCAGCCAUAUGAUUGGGGUCUGAACUAUUAGCUAGUGUUGGCAACAACUCAACUCUCCUAUCUUACUUAGCAUAUAUAAACCGUUGUACAUCAUCUUUUAGCUUUACACAAACACACACGUGAACAAAUUGUGAUGUUGAUUGUACAAAAUUAGCAUUUUUAGAGCCCAUUUGAGUUUCGAAUGAAUUAAAUCAUAGGCGCCGGAUUUUAGCUUGGUACUGCUACUGUGCUUCUUGUAGUUUGGUUUUGCUUAAUACUAAAGGAAAGCUUAUAUGGUUUCACAACA